AUGGCUGUUCUCCGAGCACCUCUGAUUCCCCCGUCCAUUACAAAGCGCGAAUCCUCGUGGACUUUGUCCUGUAGAAUUCCCUCGAGGCGCCUGUUUUUUGAAUUUCCCGGUCGUGGAUGCCCGUGCUGGAGGAGGACGACGCCGUUCCGUGCCCGAAUGGGCGUCGUCCCCGUCGAGGGAGUCUCAGUCAGGGGAACGGCAUACCGGAGGGACCGGGAGGAAACCGUGCCGGACGCCAUCGCGGCAUUGCACGAGAGGAUCCGCCGGGAGCAAGGGAAGAGGGAAGCGGCGCCGGCGGCGCCAGCUAUGGGGUUGGAGGAGGCGGAGAAGUACAUCCAGAUGGUAAAACAGCAGCAGCAGCGGGGUCUGCGGAAGCUGAAAGGGGAAAAGGGAGACGAUAACAGCGGGUACGGAUACAGAGUCGAUCCGUACACGCUGCGGCCAGGGGACUACGUCGUGCACAAGAAGGUGGGCAUUGGGAGGUUUGUUGGGAUUAAAUAUGAUGUGUCAAGGGAUUCAACGGAGCCCAUUGAGUAUGCGUUUAUAGAGUACGGGGAUGGGAUGGCGAAGCUUCCAGUGAAUAAGGCGAAGAAAAUGCUCUAUCGUUAUAAUCUGUGAGUUUGCUCAAUCUUGCUCUUCCGUGGACUCUGUUCUUCCUUUUCUGUUAAUACCUUUUUCUUCUCUGUUUCCAUGCUGACCUAAAGGAAGUGAUAGGUUUUACAACAUCUAUGGUUCUAUAAUUUACGUGGGCCAUUAUGAAGUUUGCAAUGAAUAUCAUGUGAUUUUGCUAAUCUGAUAGUUUGACGAACUUGGAGGCAUGGUCUAAUUAUUUCACUUGUUUGUCACAGUUAUUUUCCAUAUUUCCUCCAAUGAAGUAUAUUAUUGCCUAUUUCAUAUGGGAGUUUGUCGUUGUCAUUCCGUGCAUUAACAAUGUUGAAACACCUACGCUCUUUAGUGUAAAGACCUUAUUAGAGGUCAUGAGAAAAUAUUAUCUUUUAUGUAGUGAGACUUAUUUAAUUUCAUAUUCUUUAUGCAGUCCAAAUGAAACAAAAAGGCCGCGUGCAUUGAGCAAAUUAGCUGAUACUAGUGCAUGGGAAAGGAGAAGGACGAAAGGGAAGAUUGCUAUUCAGAAAAUGGUUGUUGAUUUGAUGGAGCUAUAUUUGCAUAGGCUAAAACAGAAGAGGCCACCAUACCCAAAAACUCAGGCCACGGAUGAUUUUGCUUCUCAUUUUCCUUAUGAGCCUACUCAAGAUCAAAAGCAGGUUCAUUAUCAAAUUCUAUGUCAUCUUUUUUUUUUGAGCCAUUUGUGAUUCUGUGGUGCCAACAAUCAAUAGCCUUUUUUAGUUAGGAAGAGUGUUGUUGCUAAUAUAGAAGCGUAUGGUAUUUUGAUACUUGAUUUUUUUCAGUUGGCUUAAAUUUGGCAUGGUCCAUACAUGAUUUUUUUUUCCCAAAUGCUUCGUCCUUUUCGAUCGAUUGAUUUUUAAAAGUACUCUGAACUCGAAUAAUAAUAAGAAAAAACGACUCAGACCUGCUGCUGCCAGUCGAGACAGACAGGAAACGGGGCGGAGAUAAGCUUGUAAAGAAGCCCCCCACCCCCCGAAAACCGGUCCAACUUCGCGUUCUUUCUAUUCCAUCCCAUUCCAUUCCGGGAUUGGCGGAUAAUACUAUCAAAAAAAGUGAAAGUUUGAUAUUCAAGUUAACCAGGAAGAAACAGAACUGUGGGAGUAAACCAGGUCAAGAUAUAGUCUAAUUAGCUGUAAAUAUUAAGAAGAAUGCUUAGGAAUGACGUUCUUUAUCUCUUGAAAAAAGAUUACUGAAAACCUGAAAUAGACCUGGGAAUUUCUGUCGGUCAAAGUAACUCACAUUCUGCAUUAAAUCACUCUUACAGAGAUCUGAUCAUCAAUUCUAAGGUCUAUGAUUACAGGUCCUCUUGCAAUGAUAGUCGUAUGUUUUGUCUUUUUGCUUAUUUGCAUAACCAAAGUCCUGGCACCUUACAACUUAAAUAAAACCAAACUACUUUCUUCUGUUUAUUUCUCUUCAUAUCAUUCUUUAUUGCCAUGACCAUCAUAAUGGCUUCAUCACUUUGGCUCAGCUUAACACUCAGAUUACCCAAUGUCGAGGAUCAUCUGGCCGCUUCUUUGAUGACAGCCUCUAAUUUUGUGUUGUCAGAAUUCUACUUAAUACUAAUUAGUGGACAUGGUUGGAGUUAUUUUGAUAGAGACCGAAAUUAUUACCUGACGCUAGUUUGCUUAUCAAUAUUAAAUUUUCAUACUAUUGUUCUCAUUAGUGUCACCCACAGAAGAACGAAAGGAAGGAUGGGUAUCAGGAAUCGAUUUAACAUCUUAGAACCUCAAUCUUGCACAGUGCAAUAUCAUUCGGCAAAGUUCUCUCACCAUGAGUGAUUAUUUCUUCCCUGGAAAGCUGAAGGAUGAUGAUACGAUGAUAAAGGCACGUUUUUUCUGGUCAUAAGGAAGAAUUGGCAUAGAUGGUGAUAUUUCUAUUCUCUUUGGGUUCGAAUUUGACUCGUACCACAUGGAAUGUAGAAUUGGUGUGUUGAACAUUUUCAGCUCUAGAGUUAUGGUUUGAUCUGGUUGUUGACAAUCGAUAGACAAGUUGCCUUAAGAAGUAACAGGGGGUUUCGUUGAUUACUCACUGACUCCCCUACCGGACAUAACGACGAUUCUGGCAGAUUAUAUAUUAAUGGGGCAGGUUUUUGUGGUACCUCAUACAGAAGAUGGAAGGCAUAAACGCCUCAAUAAAUGUCCUAUUAUUUUAUCACCUUUUUGGGGACAUUUCCGAGUGAAAACUAGCUUUUAUGAAACUACUCUGAUGAUUUCUGUGACAUUUUCAUGGAUUUUCCUUCUGGCCAAAGAUUCAACUCAUAACUCUGUUACUUAGCUUCUAAAACAUGAAGUAUCUCUUCUGCAAUUUUAGUACGCCAAAUUUAAAGUUUAAAAAUCUGUUAAAAAAGUACGUCAGUAGAGACAAUUUUCUACCUGCAUGAUUUAUGCCAGUGGCACUGGGAAGUGGUGAUACAGAAGACGAAUUUUGAGCACAGCUGGGGCAUGAUGAUCCUACAUCUUUAUGCCAGCAUCUUAUAUAAUGGUUUUGGAGGUCCAUAUGAGGUUAUCGAGACUAACCGUAACAGAUCCUUGUAAAUGUUCUCUACAAAGUAAAAUGGAACCGAAAGUUUUUAACAUAAGACGUAGAUUAUCCAACACAUUGUGAGCACUGUUGCUUUUGGAUCUUGGUGAAAAUAUGCUAGCUUGAAUGCAAAAUCGAGCUACAGUUUGUGCUUUUACUGACAUAAUUCCUUCACGUCGUUUUCUCUUUUGCAUUUGUCUUCUUUGUGUCUCAAUUUAUUUUUAGUCACGUGCUUAUUAUGACUGUGAAAUUUUCUUCUGGGCAGGCCUUCAUUGAUGUUGAAAAAGAUUUAACUGAAAGAGGAACUCCGAUGGACAGAUUGAUCUGUGGGGAUGUUGGAUUUGGUAAAACUGAAGUUGCCCUUCGGGCUAUCUUUUGUGUAGUUGCAGCAGGUAAGCAAGCUAUGGUUCUGGCACCAACUAUUGUCCUAGCCAAACAGCACUUCGAUGUCAUCUCCGAGCGUUUUUCUCACUAUCCUAACAUCAAGAUUGGACUUCUAAGCAGGUUUCAGGUGUGUUACUUCGUGAAUUUCUUCUUGGGUAUCAAUCUCCAGAUGCUUCCUUUUUCCGUUACCUUGUUUCUUGAACAAAACUUGCUGUUGUACUAGGAAUUCUUCUGUUUCUUCUUUCAUUGGGCUUUAUCUAGAGCUGAUGUUCCUUUUUUGAACGUUUGAACCGGCAGCUCGUUGAAAAAAAAAAUUGCCUUAAUCUUUUAACCAAAGAAAAACAAUAAAGAAUAAGAUUCUUGAAAGAAGCUCGGUCAUGAGAAUUGGAUAUAGAGAUGAUAAAUUAUUCUCUUUUUUUUUCAGAAUAAAAAGAAAUUCGAAUCAUUCAUAAAAUUAAUGAUGUAGAUUUCAUGUCUUUUUAGUUAUUUUGUCUUUUUGUCAUUAAACUAAUAUUCUUGUUUCUUAUCAUCUUUUAGACCAAGUCAGAGAAAGAGGGGUAUCUCUCAAUGAUAAAAGACGGCGAUUUAGACAUUAUUGUUGGGACUCACGCACUUCUUGGAAAUCGUGUAGUCUAUAACAAUCUUGGUCUUCUCGUGGUUGAUGAAGAGCAGGUACUUCUACUUCAUAUUUUGCCUUUUUCCAAAUGCAUUAAAUGGGGUUAUGAUUUUAUUGUUUGGGUUUGAGAGGGCCAAGAAGGAACCAAGAGGAGGUGUGUUGUCUUUUUAAAUAGGUUAGAAAUGAUGUAUAAUUACCUAUAGAAAUAAAAUCAUUUUUUCUAGAUCGAAGGUCACACAACUUAGAACGUUUAAACGUGAAGCUACUAUUUAUAUAGUGGUUUGGCACCCUAGACCUACUUCACCCUUUAAACAAUAUGGCCCUUAGGUUCCACUAACACUUAUUAUCAAAAUCGAUCAAACUUUGAAUCAUCAAAAUAUUUUUUUAGAUUAAUGUUUCCAUGUUGAUAAGGGUCCUUAGACUUUCGACGUUCUAGGCGAGUGUGGGAUACGGAAUGAGACACGAUUGUGAGUCCUUUCCGUUCAGUUCGGAGGUUCGUCCAACGAACAUGGAAUGAGACAUUUGUCACUGCUGCAGCCGUACUUACUGGGUCUUUUUCGGACCCUAUAAUUAUUCACAAAACAUUUCUUUUAGAAUAAAAACUCGAGGUAGGUCCAAGUACAUCCAGUGCUCAACACGAAUCUCAUAGAAUAAAAAAAUUAGCUCUUACUGUUGCAAUAGCCUUGACAGAUGAAUUUUUUUUUGGAGUGCAAAUUCUUAUUUCGAAUGUUGGUGGAGUUAAUCCUUUUAAAAGACAGGAUGUCCCUUAAGCUUUUGUGUUUGGAAAAAACUCAUUAUUGACAAUCAGCUGUAGUCAUUAUGACAACUAGUCAUGAAGCGCCUAAUAGCUAAUUUGCAGGCACUAUAACAUUUUGUUGUUUCUUUAUUUUGUUUUGUUAACAUUAGGUACGAAUUAGUCUUCAUAUUAGGGGAGCGACUCAUACUAUAUCCACUUCCUGCAACAAAGUGAAUACAUCACUUCACAAUAACUUAUUUCCUAAUAUACGGGAUAUUUUAUUUGGAAUUGGAUAUUUGUCAACAAAUAAAUAGUCUUUUGACAUACUACCACCGUCAAAAUUAAAAUAUUAACCUUUUUGGUGAUACCUUAGUCAUAGUUUGCUAAAUAGACUCUUCCUGCUAAAUUAGUCAACUGAUGAGUUGAGUCCCUUCUUAAAAACAAAAAGGGCAUUAAACUUCUUUCAAAUAGUCUCCAUUUUGGAAUGCGUAAUAAGAUGUUAGAAUUGUAUAUUUGCCAAUAUCUUGCUAGAUACUCUUAACAUAGUUGGUACUGCUAAACUGAGUUAACAUCGUUGUACAGUUAUUUUGCUAAUAUCAAAAUUAAGAAGGCUCCAAAUUACCUCAAUAUUUCACUUAUACUACUAUCAAGAGAAGUUAGAGACAUGAUUACAGACCAUGAUACCAUCGAUUCAUACUUGAGUUAUAUGAAUCAUUUCAAAUGAAUCUCUUACUACUUCGUAUUAUUUCUUCGACCCAUUGAGUGCAUUUUACUCUGAUUUAUUAUGUAUAUCCCAAUCAUUGGAAUGCAGCUGAAACUUUGUUUCAUUCUCAGAGAGGACAUUAGUUUUCCACACUACAACUUGAUCUUUCUUUUCACCCCUUUGACAAGUUUGCUUGGGACUCUAGUCAUUGUGACUCUUACAAAGUUUAGUAGGAAUACCUUAGACCUUUAUUCGGGUGUCUUGACUUUAAUCGCAAGGUGUUAUGUAUUUUUAUUCCUGCCAAUUUGUCUGAUGAGACUUUUGACCGAUUGUUUUAGUAUCCACCGCUAGCAUUAUAAGGUACUUGUCACAAGACCUGUAAUCAGGAAGCUUUGCCAAAUUGUGACAUAAAUUAGAGUCAGUCUUAAUGAGAUAAGACCUGUUGAAUCAUUACGAUGAUAUGGAUACUUAUCUUCUUUUAUAGUUGAUAAGAAUAAUUAUAUAUUAAUUAUUAUAGAAAUAAACAUGUGAUGACAAAGAUGGCCCUACUUAACUUAUUGUUGGAUGGAUGCUCUAAUUCUCUGGUCGAAAGUACCCUCUUUAUAUUGCUUGCAUGACAAAGCCCUAAAGUUCGUUUUGCACAGAGAGACACUCAUUAAGAAGCAUGAUUCCAUAUUAGCUCUUGGAAAUAAUCCUAUGAUUAUAAACUCCUUGCCAGCUGGUUCUUGGAAAUGAAUCAUUAUCAUGGCGUUAAAGAUUAUUGGUCAAUUUAAUCAUUACUUUCUACCACAUUAUCUUUUAGUGAGAAUUUUUUCUUUAAAUUUGCCUGUAGGCUUUUUAUCUAGUAUUUUUUAAGAGAAAUGGAGAUAAUAUUUUAUUUUAUAUUAAUUAAUAACUUUCAUAAUUCUCUUUACUACAAACUUGAUGUGGCCAUUCUUUGUUUCUCUCUUCAACAGAGGUUUGGCGUCAAACAGAAAGAGAGGAUUGCAUCAUUCAAGACCUCUGUUGAUGUUCUGACACUUUCUGCUACACCUAUUCCCCGCACACUUUAUUUGGCUUUGACUGGCUUCCGUGAUGCCAGGUAAUAUCUGAAGAAUGUUUAAAUUUAGGAUGUAGAUUAUUUUAGUUAGUAAAAUCUGUUUUGGCGGGACUAGGCCUGCCUACUGCUGUACCUUGACGUGUGCUUGCUCUGCUUGCCCUGUCCUUUGGCUCUUCCUUUCUUUCUCGCUCGGUCUAAUAUAAUAGAGUUGUGCUUUCUUACUUGGUAAAUCUUAGUUAGUAAUUACAUAAUUUUCUGCAAAACCUCUAAUAUACCAAUUAUUUUGUCGUAAUAUCGACGUUCUACUACAUAUUCCCUUUUUUUUUUGAAUUUAUUAGAUGUAUAUCACUGCUUUGACAUUUAUAUUGGAUACUAUGUCACCAGAAUUUGAUCUAAUUAUUGUAUGAACGAAUAACAUGCUCAUAUUACCAGAAUUUGAUCUAAUUAUUGUAUGAACAAAUAGAGACAAAUAGCAAACAGCCACGUUGGAUUAGACGAAAGAUAAUGUAUAAAUGUCAUGGCGGCAAAUUACAAAGAUAAGGAUAACUUAUCUUUGUGACAUGUUACCUUAUCUUUACAAAGAUAAGGUAAAUAUUUCCCGUUUCGGGAUGUAACGUGGCUGAGGUUUGGAAAUCUGCUCUUUUCCUUUGUGAAAAAUUGUUUGAGUAUUUUAUCACUUGCACUGGACGACGGUAAUUGAAAUGUUUUAGGGUAGAUCGUGUACUUAUAUAUGCUUUAGGGUACGAAGAACAUUUUUUAGGAAUACAUUAGGACUUGUCUGUGAAUGUUUGCUUUUGUCCUAAGGUUCUCAACAGAUCAUUCAAGAGAAAAAGAAGCAGAAGAGUGCGUAGGAAACAAACUUGAAUACAUUUUAGGCUGGCUUUCCUGGGGACACUAAUGAUUUGCUCUGUUAUGGUAUCUCGUUGAAUGGCACCAAGCUUGUGCCGUAGAACAUAUGGAUAUGACAGAAUGUUUUAUAUGGGGAACUUGCAAUAAUAGCAACGCGACUUAUGCCCUUAUUUUCUUAUGGUACGAAUCUGGUAACUUUCUGUGAUCUAAAAAGGAUUUGGAUGGACAAUAAUGCUGGGGAUUUAUAGAGAGAGGUGAUGAAAUGGUGACAAGAACUUCAGGCUCUAGUUUCACAAAAUGGACGGAAAUCGGUUUCAGAGUGGCGGGAGAAGAAGGGAAGAUGGUUCGACUUCCAUGUAUAGUUCUGUCUUGUUAUCUUCAUCUAACAAAUCCCAUCUGCUUUGGUUUCAAGAUAUGAUCACCAGAAAGCCAUUUUAUGCUGCCAUAUAUCAUAUUGACCCUCAAUAUGCAUAAUCUUAUAUUUCAUUUCGAUUGUGCUUAUCCAAAUACCUCUGACUCUUUCUAUUUCUAAUUAUAAACCUAAUUAAAAAUGUUUAGUAGAUUUCUUAGCAUCUGAUGUAUUGGUUUUCUUGGAUACACCCUAGUCCAUGACCUCAUUAUUCACAGCAUAAAGUCUACUCCAUUCAUUGCCGGUUAGUUUUGAGUUAGAUGUUCUAAUUGGUGUAAGAUUAUAUCAAAAUUGAUGGUUGCUCCCAGGCACAUUCAUUUAUGCUAUUUGUCGGAUAAAAACCCAACGUCGCCUUGUAUGUGAUGGGACAGUUAAGGACAAAUAGAUAGCAUGUCUCAUAUUAAAAGACAAAUAGAUUCUAUGGUUAGAUAGAUGAGCCUAAUCUAUUCAGUGCUGUCCAGUUGAAUGACCUUAUAACUUCAACAAUUCAAAAUACACUACUGUGUAAACAUAACUUCAAGCAACAAUAAAAUCUGACACAAAUGAUAGUACAAGAUCAUUGUAGACUUAAUGUGCUUCCAGCCAGGCACCAACCAUUUUCUAAUUAAUAACUGCUGAUUUCUCUUCAUACGUUUUCCCAAUAUUAAUGUGUCAAGUAUGUGACAAAUGCUUUAAAAUCGUUAGGUUUGUGUACAGGCCUCAAACAAAAUACUCAUGCAAAGCUAGGCCAUAUUAUGAGGAAUGGUUUAGGUGGAAUGGAUAAACUUCUGAAGCCGUUUUGUUCAUCAUCAUUCACAUAAGAAUUGGCUUGUUUUAAAUCGACAUAGCCAAAAUUUCCUCAACUACAAACGUACUCUAUCACUUUAGCCUCCCUUUGAAAUUCCACUCGGUUAUCCAACCUAGGAGUUAACUGAGACAAAAAAUUAAUAAAAUAUUUACUUAUCAGUUAAGGCUUGUUUGUUAGCAAACUUACUUUACACUAAAGGAAAAAAUAAAAUGAAAUAAAAAGGUUAAGAACAGUCUAACAAAGAUAGAAAAAAAUAUUCAAACGCUUUGGAAAGUUUAUAGAUCUUGGAUGAAGCUUGAACACACCAUGGAUGAUUGCGUUUUAACAGUGCUCUAUAGAGAGGUCGACAGAUUUGAGAUGAAUCAGUACACUUUUUGUGUCGACAUUGAGGUCCAUACAUUCAAGAGAAGAAAUAAAUAUUUCACAGUUAACAUUCAACUCUUAUUCAGAAUUAUUUUUUCUCAUCAAAAGUUUCAAAAGAUGAGGAUUGGAGACUAAACAAAACAUGAAGGCAUGGCUUCAUUUUAAUGAAGGCAAUAAGAUUACUACAAUGUGGAGUAAUUUUGGUUGUAAAAAGUGCCUGAUUGCUUGCUUCUGCUUCUCAGUUAUUAUCACUUUGUGCACUCAUGUUUUGCUGUCGAAAGAUUCUCCUCUCAAACGAGCAACUUAGACAAGCUGCUUAGCGCUUCCUUUUAUACACUGAACCAAGGAUAUGCUUCAAUUUUCGCCGCAAUAUCCUGUCGUUAUCAUGCUUUAGCUGUCCAGAUUUUAAUAUCUGUAAAAAUUUCUUUGUUUUUCUAGUUUGAUUUCGACACCACCUCCGGAGAGAGUUCCAAUCAGAACACAUCUUUCAGCAUACAGCAAAGAUAAAAUUUUAGAAGCAAUCAAGUUUGAGCUGGACCGUAGUGGCCAAGUCUUCUAUGUUCUUCCUCGAAUUAAAGGUCAUGUUUUUAUUGAACUUUCAUCUAAUAAUUUUCUACACCUGAUCGAGUAUUAUUUAUAGGUUGUGGAUCAUUCCAGAAAGAUUUGUAUCUAAUUUUUCCUCCCUUAAUAUUAAUAUCUUAUUGGGCAGUAUUAAAUAGUCUCUUAUAAAUAUUAGAAGGAAAUGGUGAGCUUCAUGCAUCGUAUUCUUUGUGCACAUUAAUGCUUUUUGCUGAAUUUUGGCUUUCCAAUUGAAGUCUAACAGGUCUUGAAGAAGUGAUGGAACUUCUCGAGCAAUCAUUCCCGGAUGUCUCCAUUGCAAUUGCUCAUGGAAAGGUGAUUUUUUUAAGAUGAUAUGUGAUUAACAUUUUAUCAUGUUAACAUUCUCUCUGUGAAAUCUUCCCGUGGAGAUACAGUUCAGUGUUCAACCUUACUGAUUUAUUACCAAAAUAUACUCAAAGUUUGUAAAAAAGUCUCUGAAUUACAUUUGAUUGAUGUUUUAAAAUGAUAUGUGCAUUGUGAGUCAUCAAUUUUUUGUGGAUAUUUUUCUUUUGGAUGCUAAUCUCUCAUUUUCCAAGCUUACAAUUCUUCACUGACAUGAUCUUAAUUUUCACAUUCGAACUUGAAGAUUUAGAACCAUGAAUCCCUCAACACCCUGGCCAAGUGAGUAAACUAAGGAUAAAAAUGUUAUACAUCUUAAGAUUCACGUCAUGGGCGUACUUUAGAUCACUUGGUAAGCAUGACUCAACUCAAAUAUGCUCUUAAGAUAUGUGAGACGUUACGUGCCCAUUUUUGGUCAAGUUUCUUUUAUAAGUCACUAAUUGUUGUCAAUUGGAGUUUUUCAUCAUCUUCAACUGUGGAAUCAUUUUGUUAUCACUUCGAUAUCCACUUAGUGGAUUGAUAAUGUGACUUUGACAUUGCACUUUCCUCUGUAUUUUAUUCUUAUGUCAGCAAUACUCAAAGCAGCUGGAAGACACUAUGGAGAAAUUCUCUCUUGGUGAAAUCAAGAUUCUGAUAUGCACAAAUAUAGUGGAAAGUGGACUGGACAUCCAGAACGCCAACACCAUCAUAAUUCAGGAUGUCCACCAGUUUGGUUUGGCCCAGUUAUAUCAGGUCCUAAUUCUUGUUUUACUACCUUCUAAAUUUCAGUGGAAAUUUUCGAAACUCGGAUAGACAAGAUUUAUCUUCAUAGAUAUGAUGCUAUUACUUUCUAUUCCUAUUCCAUAUCAAUCAUGUACUUUAUGGGUUAGUUUGUAGUUUUUGUCUACAAGUCAGUCACAUUCAUGAAAACUUCAGAGAUGGUAAAUAGUCAUUCUCUUGCCAACGUGUUUAUGGGCACAUUGUCCUUACCUUACAUUAGGUUUCUGGUCAUUCCUCAACGGUGGGAUCUUUUAGUUUGGAGAUUUGUGAAGCCUAGUAAAAUUUUACAAUUGAGAGUGAUGGGAGCGUAAAGGAAGACAUGGGCGAAAAGGAGAAAAACAAUUGACAUAGAAUCUGGAGAGGAUGGCCAAGGUGGAUGAGAGGUCGAGAGAACUUCCAGAAGAAGUGGAAGAAGGUUGAAUGGAUAUAUCCUUCGAAGUAUUUUCUACGUGAUUUUUGAUGAGAGACUUGUUCUUCCACCUAUUGUAGCAAAACAAAGGUAUAUACCGGCAUAAACUUCAAAAUUUUCAGUGAUCUCAAUCUCAAUAACUUGACGAGAUGAGAGUGGACCCACCCAGAGAAACGAGAACAUGAAUGGGUUGCAAUGUUCUCUUCCCCCAAUACGAGAUCUCAGAGCUUCUGUAGAGAUUUUGUAACAUACGAAAGAGGGAGAGUAAAUCAGUACGAGGAGAAUCGACACUAGAAUAUAGGUUUACCCCAAAUAAUACCCGAGGUUUCUCAGUAUUGACCACAUAAAUCCCCUUUCUACCCCAUAUUACACGGAUCACUCUUUUAAAAGCGUCCACAAAUCAUCCAAACAGUCUCUCAUGUAUAGAUGCAGUCUUUCAAAAAAUUAUAUCAUCUGCAAAACUGACUCUGGGAGCUGUAUGCAUCAACAUAUGCAUCAUGUCACUUAUGUUCUUGCUUACGAUUAAAUUGAUCAUAUGUCCCCAUCACGAAAGAUUUUGUUCUUCAGUGGUUGACUUGUGGUUUCCUUUUCUAUUUGAUUUUACGGGCUGCAAUUAAAUUUUCUCAUUGACAAGAGAUCUCACUGUCAUACUCCUUGCUGGAGCUCACUGUUCUCUUGCUUAUGGAGAGGGUCCAAGAUUUUGGUUGGGAUUUUGCCUGCAUUGGUAUCAAUCGACCUAACAAUGUUGUUCCAAUAUAUAAUUGAACAGUUGCGUGGGAGGGUCGGACGAGCAGAUAAAGAAGCUUUUGCAUACUUGUUUUUUCCAGACAAAUCGCUUCUCUCUGAUCAAGCAUUGGUAUGUUUUGCAUAACCUUCCUUUUUCAGCGAUAUCAAAUUUCCUUUUUAAUCUUCUUUUAUGACUUGUAAUACGCAGUUUUCUGGAAUGGUUCAUCAUAUGUGAAACCUUCCGCUCAAUUGCCCGAUAAAUCCACACACCGUCAUGAAAGACUCAAUCCCCUAUUACUGCUAUAUGACCGCAGGAAAGACUAGCUGCUCUCGAGGAGUGUCAUGAUCUCGGACAAGGGUUCCAGCUCGCAGAAAGGGACAUGGGCAUAAGAGGUUUUGGAAAUAUCUUUGGUGAGCAACAGACUGGUGAUGUUGGCAACGUAGGAAUCGAUCUUUUCUUCGAAAUGCUUUUUGAAAGUUUGUCCAAGGUAUCUCAUUUUCUUCUAAACUUGGUAUUUUGUACGAUUCUUUGUUCCUCAUUAUCAACUGGCGGGAAGAUUUUUAUUUUUAUUUUCAUUUUCAUUUUUAUUUUCAUUUUUAUUUUCAUUUUUAUUUUCAUUUUUAUUUUCAUUUUUAUUUUCAUUUUUAUUUUCAUUUUUAUUUUCAUUUUUAUUUUAUUUUAUUUUAUUUUAUUUUAUUUUAUUUUAUUUUUAUUUUUACUAUUAUUAUUUAUAUGUGCAUUUAUUGUAUAUAUUCUUCCUCCAUUAAUUUCCAGACAUUAGAUAGGUUCUUUUGUGCUGCCUUUCUGCUAUUUCAGAGGUAUGCCCCAUCGGGGGAAAGAAGUCUCUUUGAUGUCUGAACUUUGGAACUUGCUUUAUUUGAUUUCUAGGUUGAAGAACAUCGACUUGUCUCAGUUCCUUACAAGCAUGUUCAGGUAUUCUUCUAACAUUACAGCCGCCUCUUCUCAAAGUCAAGAUUGAAGUCGUCGAUUGAACAGAGGAAUCCGAAAGAACUGAUUAAAACAUUUCUGCCACCUCUUCCUUUCCCAGCUGGACAUCAACAUAACUCCCCAUCUCUCAUCCGAGUACAUCGACCAUCUUGAAAACCCUCUUGAGUUGAUCAAUGAAGCAGAGAAAGCUGCUGAGAAGGACAUCUGGAGUUUGAUGCAUUUCACCGAGUGCUUACGUCGGCAAUAUGGAAAAGAACCACGAUCAAUGGAGGUAAUGAUACUCUUAACAAGCAAAUAUCGUACCCAAAAAAAAAAAAAAAAAACUUCCAGGGGCAUCCGUGAGUUUUGACAUUGAAAAUGUAUGCAGAUACUAUUGAAGAAACUCUAUGUUAGAAGAAUGGCAGCAGAUCUAGGUAUCAACAAAAUCUAUGCAUCAGGCAAGACAGUUUGCAUGAGAACUGACAUGAGCAAGAAAGUCUUCAGAAUUAUGACAGACUCAAUGGCGUCUGACAUUCACCGUAAUUGCCUUGUUUUUGAGGCCAAUGAAAUCAAGGUCCGUAUGAUAUUUCAUCUAUAUAUAUAUAUAUAUAUAUAUAUAUAUAUAUAUCAAUACCCAAAAACAAAAAAAAUAUGCAUUUUUUUGGACACUUGGAGGUUGUGCAGCGGCUUUAACACUGCUGAGAGCAGAGGAGCGCUCAUCCUGUUCUUCCUUUUUCCGAGCUUUCAAUACACCGAGGAAAUCCUUGUAUUUGUUUUUUUAUAUUAUCACACCGUGAGUUGACUUUUAGAUGAUAUCUCUUCCCUCCCCAUCUUUUCUUUCAGGCCGAGCUCCUUUUGGAACUGCCGGCAGGGCAGCUUCUGAACUGGAUAUUCCAGUGCUUGAGUGAACUCUAUGCCGCCUUGCCAGCCCUCGUCAAGUACUGA